AUGAGUCACCGUAUUCUCAGCCGAGCUUUUUCAGCCACAAUUACUUACCACAACAGAGAGAACCGAGCCAAAAAUGGAAUUUGUGUGGCAAACCACACAUCACCGAUAGAUGUCAUCAUUCUUUCAUGUGAUAACUGCUAUGCAAUGGUGGGCCAAGCUCAGGGAGGCUUCAUGGGACUAAUGCAGAGAGCCAUGGCUAGGGCUACUGCUCAUAUUUGGUUUGAAAGGUCAGAGGUCAAAGACAGAGAAGCGGUUGCACGAAGAUUAGAAGAACACGUUGAAGAUGAACAAAAAUUGCCAAUCCUAAUAUUUCCUGAAGGCACAUGUAUCAAUAACACUUCUGUGAUGAUGUUUAAAAAAGGUAGCUUUGAAGUAGGCAAGAUUAUUUAUCCUGUUGCUGUAAAGUAUGAUUCCAGAUUUGGUGAUGCCUUUUGGAACAGCAGCAAAAAGAACCUUGUUUUACAUUUAUGUGACAUAAUGUCCAGUUGGGCUCUUGUUUGUGAUGUUUGGUAUCUUCCUCCAAUGAGUAAAAUGGAGGGUGAAGAUGCAGUGUCAUUUGCCAACAGAGUAAAAGCUGAAAUUGCCAGGAAAGGUGGCUUGGUGGACUUGGAAUGGGAUGGUCAACUGAAGCGAAUGCAAGCAAAGAAAAGUUGGCAAAAGAAACCUCAAGAACAAUAUAGCAAGACUAUCAAGAUUGAUUAA